UUGGGGAGGGAGAGAAUUAUGAAACAUAGGCCAGUGCUGAGAGAAAUCAAUUUCCAAGCUAGGUAGAAUUAUAAAUGUUCCUAGGAUCCAUUAAAAAAAAAUUCUGUUCCUAUCACUGCUCUGCUUAGUUGAUUAUGAUUAUUGGUUAAUAAAAAGGGGAAAGGAUGAGUGGACCAGUGGAGAAAUUAACCCUUGUAAGUAGCUCUAGAAAUGACAGUUGAAGGCACUUGAAGUUCAAGCCUACCUCUAGCAGAUGAGAAGACAAAUGAGAGGUAGAAUCUGAGAAACAGGUUACAAUUCAGGUCCAGGGAAUUUAAAGCUGAGUUAGAGAAUCUCUUUAGGAAACGCAAAUUCGAGCCUGUUUUACGAUGUUUCCUCUAGGCAUGGAAUCUUUUUUGAAAUGCCUUCCAGAGUAUCUAUGAAAGUGUUUUGGUUUUUUUCCCCCCUAAGGCAUGUUGGAUGGUUUAAAAAUAUUCCCUGCCUAGUUUCCUGCUGUGUAUUAUGUCCCUGCUUAGCUGCAGCAGCGGGUGAGAAAUCAAACCUGCCGUUUAGCAGUCAGUGGGAAAGAAACUGAGCAGAACCCAGGCAGAGGAAGCAUAAAGCAGCCCCUAUUGAAAGUUUCCUUUUCAAUUGUGUGCUGUGUAAUGCAGGAGAACCUUGGAGGCCAUGCCCUGUCCCUGAACUUCCUCCUGUUAGUCCAUUUCCCCAAUCUUGGCUAUGUACCAAUAACAAAAAUGAGCCUGGCACCAGGUUUCCUGACGCCCUUAGGACUUCAAUAGGAAUUUUUAAAAAUUAAGGGUCUCUGAAAUAGCUGUGACCAGGCACAAAUCACCUCUUUGUGACUCAGUUUACUCAUCUGUAAAAUGAGAAGUGGCAGUGGUCUUUCUUGCAAGUGAGAAGAGAUGGGUGACUGGAGCUUCCUCGGGGAGUUCCUGGAAGAGGUCCACAAGCAUUCCACAGUGAUUGGCAAGGUUUGGCUGACUGUCCUCUUCAUCUUCCGUAUGCUAGUGCUGGGCACAGCGGCGGAGUCCUCGUGGGGGGACGAGCAAGCCGACUUCCAGUGUGACACGCUACAGCCUGGUUGUGAGAACGUCUGCUAUGACCAAGCCUUCCCCAUCUCCCACAUCCGAUACUGGGUGCUGCAGAUCAUCUUCGUCUCCACUCCAUCCCUGGUGUACAUGGGCCACGCGAUGCACACCGUGCGCAUGGAGGAGAAGAGGAAGCUGAAGGAGGCUGAGAGGGCCAAGGAUUCCAAGGGUGCAGACACCUAUGAGUAUCAGGCAGAGAAGGCUGAGCUUUCCUGCCGGGAAGAGCUGAGUGGAAGGAUUAUCCUUCAAGGCACCCUUCUCAACACCUAUGUCUGCAGCAUUCUCAUUCGCACGGCCAUGGAGGUGGCUUUCAUCGUGGGGCAGUACCUCCUCUACGGGGUCUUCCUGGAGACCCUAUACAUCUGUCGCCGAAAACCCUGCCCUCACCCGGUCAACUGCUAUGUGUCUCGGCCCACUGAGAAGAAUGUUUUUAUCGUAUUCAUGCUGGCUGUGGGGGGUCUGUCCCUCUGCCUCAGUCUGGCUGAACUCUACCAUCUGGGCUGGAAGAAAGCCAAGCGGCACUUCAACCAGAACUGCCCAGGCAGGGUGGAGGCCAGCCUGCCCACAGCAGGGGUGGCCCAGAACUGCACGCCACCCCCAGACUUCAAUGAGUGUGUAGAGGGCAGCCCCAAUCAGAAGUUCUACAGCAGUCAUUUCAGCAAUAAUAUUGCCUCCCGGCAGAAUACAGACAACUUGGCCACAGAGCAGGUCCAAGGCCAGGAGGAGGCUGUAGGGAGGGCCUUUUUGCACAUGCAGUAUGCAGAGGGGCCCGAGGUGGCUAAUGGGAUGUCCAAUGCACAUCGGUUCCCCCAUAGUUACCAUGCUGACAAGCGCCGCCUGAGCAAGGCUAGCAGCAAAGCCAGGUCAGAUGACUUGUCGGUGUGAUGGUACCCCGGAUGGUGGCAAGGGGCAUGUGGGGUUGAGGGGCAGGAAUAAGGGUAGGAAUGUAUGUCUGUGUUGGACCUUAGCAUUAGGCUGGGGACCUCGAUUUCCUCUCCUUCUUGCUGCCCUGCUAGUUUUGUUUGUUUGUUUGUUUUUUGAGAAUUCUGGUCAUAAUAACCUUGCUCUUUUAUCCAGAAAUGGGGCAGCAUAGAAGAAGAAGAGAGAGCGGUGUGAGGGGCCAUAAAAGGAGCUUCCUCAUUAUCUUCACACACACUGAAGGUACCCAGUAAGGACAUUUCAAGAGGACUCAAAUGGGGCAGAUUGGGGCAGUGAUUAUGGGUUGGGAUCCUUUGCGAAGUCAUUCAGGGUUCCAAAAUUCUGAUUUAUGCCCCCAGACAAAGGACCACACUGUUAGUCCACUUUGCCAAGAACAUGCAAGCAGGCAAGAGUAAGCAUCAGUACCUCAGCUGUACUCCUACCCCAAUUCUUAUCACAGCUUUACAAGUGUCACCUUGGCAAGUCUUGGUGAAAUAUCUGGUCCUACUGAGUACUUCAAGUUUCCUCAGCUUCAUUAAUUCCCUCUGAGGUCGGUCUAUGAGGUCCAAGGAGAGUCCAUAGAGAUCCCAACCAAUGGUAUGAGUGUGGGCAGCUUUUAUCAGUCAUAUUUUCCAAAAGGCUAUCUCCCCAAAGCUGCUCCUUUGAGUAGAGGUUAGGAGACCACACAUUGCCUUGAAGCAUCCUUUUCCUCUUCCUGACUUAACGACAGGCUCUUGGAUGCUUCAUCUUGGCCAAUGGUUUCACUUUUGCAAGUGUUCAGGCUGUACCUCUACAUCAGUGCCCGACUCUGUGAUACCUGAAAGAAGUGCCUUCUUGGGUAUAUUGUCUACCCAGGCAUAUGUUCAUUCUACCAGUAUGCCUGCCCCUACACUAGUUUACUGGGCAAACUGACUUUACUUGAAUCUUUGAAACUACUUAUAUUACAACUUUCUUUGCAUCUCAAUCGUUUUUUAGAAGACAUUCUUUCUAUUCUCAACUGUUUCCUAUGCCCAUCUUCUCCAAGAAUCAAAGAUCUUGCUAAUAAGAAUGCAUGUGGAGGGGGCAUCUGGGUAGUUCAGUGGAUUGAGAGCCAGGCCUAGAGACGGGAGGUCCUAGGUUCAAAUCUAGCCUCAGACACUUCCCAGCUGUGUGACCCUGGGCAAGUCACUUGACCCCCAUUGCCUAGCCCUUACCACUCUUCUGCCUUGGAGCCAAUACACAGUAUUGACUCCAAGACGGAAGGUAAGGGUUUAAAAAAAAAAAAGAAUGCAUGUGGAGAACCAUGGUUCCCCCACCAGUGAUCCUUCCUUGAGAUAGUAAUCACCAGCUAAAAUGUCCAGUGGUAUACACCCACAUCUUCAUGAAAACAAAUUCCAAAGGGGCAUCAUACAUCUUAGAGGAUCCAAAUCCCAUUGCUGUGAACAGUUGACAGAGAGUAAGAGAGGAGGGAGACACACACUGAAAAGAGAGCCACUCUGCACCCUCCAUCUUAUUUCUCCUGAAGACUUUCAAGUUAGUGCCCAGAUUGAAGCACCAGGUUACAAGCUCUGUGCAAGUGCCCAGGCCUGUGAUUUCUUUGAAGAGGAUUUGGUGUGAGAACAGUAGCAGCAAGACUCCUACACUCCUGUUGGAAGGGGUCAUGAUUGGGGAUGUGGACGUUCUGUUAUUUCUCCUAAAGCACAUACUUCUUUGAUCUAGUAUGAUGAAGAGAAGAGACCCCCUUGGAGCUACAUAGAUCUGCCUGCUUGUUCAUAUCCUGGGAUAGUCGUCAAACUAGAUGAAGGAGGACUUUCAAAACUGAAUGUUGGUAUUCGGAGAGGAGAGUCAUCCUCUGCUGUCUUGCCUUCCUCUUCCUAGCCACAAAUCCCAUCCACUGUCUCACUCUGUUUUUAAUCUAAGAGGGCCAAGAAUAUGAAGCAGGGUGGAAAGAUAGGGCUUCUAAGCCUAACCAAAUAAAGAAAGGAUGGUUAUUUCUGGUUUCAAAUGCACCCCUUAGGUAUUAAAAUUCCUCUUUAUCUCUUGGAGCUCUUUUGAUGGGGGGGUGUCUUUUCCCCCCUCUUUCUGUCUCUCCAAUAUUCUGGUUUUAUGAAUUGUUUAUUCUUGAAUUAGAAACUCUGUGAGGUUUCUCCUUGAUGGAGAUUUUUUUAAGCAAGGAGAAAGGCAUAUGUAUUUGUUUUAAUAAAAGCUGAUCUGACAUCCUC